AUGGAGACCUGGUUUUGGAUUCUUGGCUGCGUCCUUUCCUUUCUUGCCGUCACUGGAAAUGGAUUUAUAAUCUUCCUCGUCUACAGCAGACGAAAUCUCCGCACCAAAACCAACGCGUUUAUUGUUUCACUUGCAGUAGCCGAUUUCUGUGUUGGUUUGAGUGUUGUUCCUUCUUCGUUCGCAUGCGACGUUACAAACACAUGUGACUGGCCUAAGGUUUUUCCUUCGUGGGACGAUGUCGUAAGGUGGCUGUUUAGCUACUUGUCUGUUUUAAACUUAUGUUCUCUGGUGCUCGACCGUUAUAUCGCCAUCGUAAAGCCUUUUAAAUACAUAACUUUUAUGACUCGAUCUCGUGUUAUUCAAGUGAUAACUUCCUGUUGGAUAGCGUCAUUUACGCUGGUUGCGUUCAAGACCGCACUUCGACUUUGCUGUGAGACCCCUCUGACCAGUAUCGUUGCAGUUGUGGUUUUAAUGAUUUCCAUGGAAAUCGUUCCAUGCGUUCUGCAGAUAUUCUGUUUUGUGUCAAUGUUACUUCAUGUAUGGAAACAUAAUCGGUCAGCACGCACCCUAGCAAAACAGUUGAGUUUUAACCAUGGCAUAUCUUUUAAAACCCAUCACGAGAGGUCUGCAGUAGUAAUGAUGAGUAUUGUGAUAGGAGUGUUUGUUGUGUGCUACGGAAUAUAUUUACGUUGCAGUCUCGUAGUACUAUCCGACACAAAUGCAUCAUGUAAAGAUGAACAAUACAAAACUCCUGUCUUGGUUUUAAACUCGGCCAUUAACCCACUGUCUUAUGCUUUUUUCAAAAGAGACAUAAAGAAAGAGUUUAAACGACUUAUCGGUCAGGUGCCAGUUUUUAAGUACAAUAACCAAGUAGAGCCUUCCACUUAUACGUUAGAACAUUCUUGAAGGACAGAAAUAGCCCCUUUUAUAACGGGAUUGCGUCAGGCAACGCGGCAGUUUUGGGGCUGGAAAAUCACUGGCUGUUGGUCUCAAAUCAUAUUUUUGAGGCACUGGUGUUUAACGAGGGUACGAGAACCCAAGGAAGAUGAGAAUACGAUCCAGUAUAUGUCAGGUGCACUUGAAACAAUUCCGAGGUAUCAAGCCCACGUCAACAGUAGUAGUAGACUAAAUUUCUUAUUGAAACAUUUUUGUUUCAAAUCAAGUGAUCGUAUUUCUUUUUCCUUUCUUUAUUUUCUAAAAUACCUUUUGUAAUCAACUCUGUCAAGUAGUUUCCUAGAUUUUAAACAAGCAUGAAGUAAACAUUUUGGUUUUUGUGUAGGAAAAGAAUUGUAUUAUUUUUUGACUUCCCUGCAAACUGAUAGUUAAUUACCCUCAGUCCAUGCCAGGUGUGAAUGAAUAUUAAAACAUAUAGAGCACGAUCUGUAUGAUCAUUUUAAUGUAUACAUCAUGAUCAUUUGAUAUCUAAUACAACCAACGUGGGAGAUUCCCUAUGGCGCGGCGAAAAGCCAUCUCUUUCUUUUACACAAGUUUUAAAGCAGUUUCUACUGAUAACAGUGGAAGACUUUUUGAAUAAUUUGUGAUAAUCGUCUCAAUUUGCAGUAGCAGUUGUAAUUUGGUCUUUGUCACUAUGAAAUUUAGGUCUUUUGUUGUCUGUUUAAGGUUGCUCGACUUGACUCCUCGAUUCAUGAAUCGCAUCCUGAGUGAUGUGAAAUUAAAACCUUUGUUAUUGAAGCUCAUUGAGAAAAGAUUCUUAAAUUUCAAACCACAAGAAAUUAAGAAGGCCAAGGGAUGGAUUAAACGGCAGCUGGAAAUUAGUUAAAAAUUUUAACUGACAGAUGAGAAAUAACAACAAGUAUUGAAUGACGCUGAAUACAUAGACCUGUAUAAUUCUUCAGAUCGCACAAAGCCGAAUUCAAUAAUUUCUUUUUUAUUCCUUCCAAAAUAUUUAUAUCUAUACUACCUAUGCUUACCUGAAACGAUACCAUAGAGUUUGUCAGUUCCGACGGUAAUGAAUACAGGGGAGAUUUAAAGAAUGUGUAGUCCAUCAGAUAUUGUUUAAAACGUAGUUAUCUCAUCCGUGGUAUUUUAUCAUAAAACCUGAUAGUCUUGGGCAGUAAUAGUACUCCUGGGUAUUUCAUUUUCUUCGCAAAACGUGCCAGAAAUUUUCGGUUAUUUUUUUAUUUGCCUAAUUGUGUAAAUUAUCUAGUAUGCAAACAGUUGUUCUCUUCGAUCAUUGGUCAAGAGGUGGAGAGAAUCAACAUAACAUCGUCAGAAAGUCUGAACUAUAAAAUAACAAGCAGGCUUUAAUUUAUCAAGGAGGAAAGAAAAAUGUAUUUUUUAUCACAGCCAUUAAAAUUUGUUGUAGUCUUAUUCGCCCCACUGAAACGAAAGAAAAGAUGUUUCUGCAGAUCCUUUUAAAAUUUGUGAUAAAAAAACUAACCUAAAACUAAACCCCCCCCUUCCUGCCCCUGGGAGAAAGAACUUCCUUUAACUGUUAACAUGGAGACCUGGUUUUAGAUGCUUGGCUGGUUUCUUUCAUUUCUAACCAUCAUUGGAAAUGGAUUUACAAUCUUCCUCGUUUGCAGCAAACGAAAUCUUGGCACCAAAACCAACGGGUUUAUUGUUUAACUUGCCGUGGCAAAUGUCUGUGUUGGUUUGAGCGUUAUUCCUUCUCUGUUCUUCUGCGAUAUUACAAACACCUGCCACCGGCCACAACAUUGGCUCUCGUGGGUGAAUUUUACAAGAUGAUUGUUUAGUAUCAAGUCUUUUGAAACUUAUAUGGCCUAGUACUGGAUCGUUUUAUUGCCAUCGUCCAUCCUCUAAAAUACAUUACUUUUAUGACUCGCCGUCGAAUUACCCAAGUUAUUUCCUUCUCUUGGUUUCUAACAGUUAGUUAUAAUAUGCUGAAAGUUACCCUUUAAAUGUUUUAUUUCAAAACAAUAGACAUUCCAGUAAACAAAGGCGCCAACUCGAGGCUCGGCAAAAUAGAGCGAUUUGUAUCCACCCGAGCCUUACCUAUUUAUGUUUGCUCAUUGGUGCGUAAUGCAGGAAAGGUCUAUGCCUCCAGGAGGGCAUUUUGGGUGCGCAUGCGUGUAUCCGCUGAACGACAAUGGCGUGGGCGCAUCAAAUCUGAUGGCGGGGAAAUCGAAAACUCGCAUAAAGUUACAGGCCUUUUAAAAGCCAUUUCGUUGGUGAUUUGAAUACCGUUCUUUCCUACAAAAAAUGUUCUCCAUGACAAAAAUCGGACGUUUUCUAUGCGGGUUUUCAGCUGUAGAUUUUUCAGCAAUAGGUUUUCUUGACCUUUUAAAGACUUAAAAAGACUCAACGCCUAAAAUCACUGUUCCUGUAUCAGAUCUGAGUUUCACUGGCAAAGCAAUGCAUUUCAAUGGUUUGAUUUACAAACUCAUGGUUUUACCUUUCAACGAAGAAAUGGAUUUUAGCAAUGUUGAGCUGCUUUAAGAAAAGAGAACAAAAUUUUUACUACGCGAGGUCUAUUUAUUUGCGCGAUGUCUCAUGUUAAACUGAUCACGGAGACACCCGUUUAUGUGUGACACAAAAACAUAAAACAUGAAAUGUAUGGGUAUUUUUUUACUGUUUUUCGAAAGUUUUCGGGGAAAAGUAAUAAAAAAUAUUCUACAGGAGAUAAAGAAUGGAUUAAGUCUGAGACAGCAUCACUUACAGGUGAUUAUGUACUACGUAUAAUCUCUUGAGCAUUUCAUAAGCUCACUUGCAGACAAAACAAAUGCAUUCAAAACAGAUAAUGGCCAUCACUCCAUAAAUCUAACUGACGAUGAUUGUUCACCCUCAAAGCCUGUUAAAAGGUAAUUAAGACAGGACGUUUGUUAGAGGGGUGCAUAUAAUGCUGUUUCCUCAAAAAGAGAAAUACUUCUGCUUAAGGACCCAAAUGAAUUGCGAUGCGACAACAAACAUUGCACGCCGAGGAUGGAUGAAUUUGUCUGUUAUUAAUGUUUCUACUGAGAGCUUUUUAUAGCAUCCAGAUGAACGUAGAUAGAACCCUAUGGGAAGAAUUAUCAAGAAGAUACUGAUCUAACUGAUGCAUUAAAUACAUAUUUGGUUCAAUACAGAGGAGAAGCUGGUCUCCUGGUCUCACAAAUUAGCAUGUCGAGAAAUGUAGCAUCCACAAAAUGGCAUCAUUUAGGAAUAAAUGCAAUUUUUUUUUGCAACAGAAGCCAGGAUUUAUUUAAAGGUGUAUUGAUAACGUUUCAUUUCAUGCUAUUUUCGGGUUGGGGAGUUAGGCUAGAGUUUCUUUAAAAUGCUUAAAUGUUAUCAGUAUUCAUUUGCAUAAUGAAAUGUAAACAAGCAGUGUGCCAUCAAAAUAAGGUGGAAAAAAUCAGAAUUUAAACCGAUCGCUGUAAUUUUCUUCUUUUGUAUAACUGAGUGAUAGAAUUUUCUUAUUUUCAAAACACAAUCUUACUGCCAUCAUUAUAUUGAAUUAAAUUUUUAGUUGAAGUGCGUGUAUUUUAUUUCUCAACGAGGAAGUAACGGUGAAGAAAGCUAAAAUUACUGAAGAAGGCAAUUUUUCAAAGCCUUCAUUAAAGCACCAUUCGUUCGCGGAAGUAUUCUUAGUUUCAUUAAUCAUUAACUUAACGUGGGGAGAAAGGCAAAGUUUCGAGAUAAACAAGCCAGCGAAAGGGUGAAAAUUCAGUUCCACGGCAAAAUGGCCUCUUAAUUAACAACUAUAUUCCUGAAACGAUUAAGUUCGAUUUUAGAGUUAUACUGUUGAGAAGAAUUAAAUAUCUAUAGGAUAAAUUUUUUCACGAAAAAAAAAAUAUGUGCGAAACGUAAGGUCGUAACAACAUUCCGCUGCCAUCUUGUCUUCGAUGUACUCUUUUACCAAAGGAAAGACUGUCCUCUCGAGGGCGACAGCGAGGCUACAAUAAACGCACUUUCAUCGUAGAAAUGCCUCGAUACCUUAAAGAACACGUUUGUGGAACGUAGCACCCAAUGUACGUCAUUCAGCUCCAGAAAACAGCCUGCAAAUGCUGGUAGUGAACUUGAAAAAUUCACAGAAAAUGCCUCUGAGGCACUUCAACAGAUCAUAUUGACGCAUGCGCAGACAAAAUGCCCUCCUGUUCGUCCCUUAUAUUUGGCUUAGUAUACGUUUCUUCGAGUUCCUUGCAAGUGUUGUAUCAGGGGGGGGAAAGACAAGGUCUGGGACCGAGAAACGAUGUUCUCACAACUUGCAAAGUGGUCACCCAGCAUGGUGGUCAGCGGAUAAUUACAGUAUUUUCCCCACAGUAAAUAUUUUAGAAGCAAGAAUUGAAGCGAACCGGCAGAGGAAAUCGGAAAUGGUUAUAAAAUUGAGAAAAAAUUAUAUCAUGCAACUUUAUUUUUCUUGCAUAUCGUAUUUGUCUUUCGGUACUGAAAUGCGGGGGAAACUAAAACGCAACCGUGCUAGAUCUUAACCAACAACAACGCGCUCGAUGGAUUUAUUUAUAGGUUACAUCGUUUUUGCCUGGCAAGGAUAACUUGAUGCUGAUAAAAAUUACUGGAGCAAGUGUCAAAUUUAUCGGAAGCAAGUAUAUUCAAGAAAGCUUUAUAAAUAUGAGCUUACAUAUCAUGACUGAAUAAAAAUUAACACUUCAUAACAUUUCACUCCGUUUAUUUCGGUCAGUCAACACCUUGCAUUGAAUUUAAAGUUAAAAUUCAAAACGAUCCUAAAACAAAUCACAACUACUACUGAAAGCUCCGUACCUUGAAGCAACUGCUCGAUAGCUCAACUCUUCGGCGGCCUUUUCUUAGCAGCUAUACGCAGCUAGCUAUUUGUUGCAUAUUCCAAACUCUGCAAAAGGAAAUUGUUUAACAGAAAAAGAAAACCACACAUUAUGUCUGAAAAGCGACAUAAAAUCAAUAAAUUUGCGAAUUACCAAAAUAUGAUAGUGAAAAACAGUCCCGCCUUGGUCUGCCAUGUUUUUGUUUUUUCUCAAGACCAUUGAUCUAUGGUUUUUCACGUAGUGCGCGUGAUCAGUACACAAAUCCGCUAGCGAGAGCCUUGCUGAUGGCUUUGCAAGUUGUGAGAACAUCGUUUGGAUUUCAUUUAAGAGAAUGUAAAAACAACCCAUGUAAGGAGUAAAAGUAAGCCCAUUUCGGAGUGAUUUUAACUCCAGCCUGGGAGUAAAAAGAACUCUUUUUCAGGAGUGAAAACGAGUUAAAUUAGGAGUUAAAAUAACCCCCCGCUUUGCUUCACUUGCUCGAUUUUGGCGAACUCUAGCAAGACUUUGCAUCAAUCGAGUAACAAAGAUAGCAACAUGUGCUGCUUGUUGCUUGGAUACAGUUUCGAACCCAGGCUUCAUAGCCGUGCCCUUUAGACAGCAGGCUCAUCGGUUUUGACCAUCGGUUUAUCAAUCUGAAACGGACACUCGAAGUCUGAAUACCAGUUUGAAAAGAGAAAACAAAAUCAUUCUUAGCAAAGCUGUUUCUUUCAAAAAUAAUUUUUUGGUGAAUUAAUAGUUUUCCGGCACCUCAGUAUUUGACCGUAAUCUUAAGCGACUUGAUUAAACUUUCUCUCAGUUUCAAGACAAAAACAUAACUGUGAGGUAAAAAAACAUAGUCACGUAGACAAUGACGCGUGCUGCUUUGAGCGCACGCUAUGAUAAUGAAAAUUUAAAGUAUCUUUCUUUAUCAAUCUGAAAUGGAUGCUCGCAUUCCGAAUACCAGAUUGACGAGAGAAAACACGAUCGACAAGUUCAGAGGUUCGAGGUUCGGUGACUUCAAAGGCCCGGCGCCAAUUUCCUCCGCACUUAAGAUGACAAAUUAGGCUGUUCGUGCAAUAGUCUUUAUAGUCAACUUUGUUAACGGCGUUAGAUUCAGUUGUGAAGCAUUUAGAAAGUUAUUUUUAAGACGGAUUUUUCUCAUCUUUUAAGUUUAGUUUUGUUUCAUCAUGUGGGUCAAGGUUAGUCUUGAUUGUUGUCCGCGUAGGUGUUUUCCUGUUUUGAUCCUUUGCUUCUUCUUGUACUUAUGAAAUUAUGCUUAGCUCGUGAAUUUACUUAUUGCCAUUUUAGGAUAUUCAUAUACGCUUGUCGUCGUCAGAUGGUAGUUUUUCGUAGGUGGUCGUGUUUGUGAUGUUAGAGCUGACUUUGGUUUACUAGUCUCGUUGAAGUUCCUGUGUUUGGGUUUGUUAACCAGAGUUUUAGUUUUUCAGUGGUUUGUACAGGUUUGUACCCUUUUGUCGAUUCCAACCAUGAAGGUUCUGUCAUACCAAAACAUUACCCACACCGAGUUCACCGUAAUUUUAUUCCCACGGUCAGUUAACCCGAACAUGUCCAGCUUUGGCUAUAAAAACCGCUACUGUGCUUGAACUAAGGAGUAGAAGUUGGUAGAAGAAAGUUUGUGAAAAAGUGGAAGAGUUAGAAGAGUAAGAAGAUCAAGAUUGUUAGCAGAAGUCGAAGAAGAAUAAAGGCAAGAUGUAAAUCAGAUUCCUGGUACCUCAUCGUGUAGCGAGCGAGCGAGUUGCUCGAACACACCCCCACAAUUUCUUGAAUUUACUGAUAGAACCGAGCUGAAACUAAAACUCAGCUCAGUCCUGCAGGUGUGACUGAAAUGAUAAAAAUCGUCUAAAGUGUUACAUGACUUGUUAUUUAGAAAGGAAGGUAGCUAUCAAAUUUAUCACCUUUUUCUCCCCGGUUACACGAACGUAAGGCUAAUUUUCCUUAAAAUUCUGUAGAAAUCGUGAUAAAGGAAUAAAUGCAAAGAUGGUUGGUUGGUCAGGAAGCUCAGUCAACCGCAAAUGGAAAGACUAGUUGCUCGAAGCUGGAACGAUGUUAAAAACGUUGCAUGCUGAAUGCAAUUUAGCGAUACGAAAUCAAAAUGCAAAAGACGACAUUUAACUAAGCGAUAUUGUUAAUUGAUUGGUAAGCCAUAGUGAGAAUCCAGUCGUCUUGCGCCAUGUACAUUAAAAGGAUGAUAAAACAACAAGGUUUUAAAAAUAACUAAGAAAGGUUAGACAAAAAUUUCUGUGAAGAGGGUGUUUUUUUUUUUUUUUUGCACAGUUGAUUACAACUGCCUUGAAAACUUAUCGACGUUGUGGUUUUAAAGCCAGAGCGCCAAUUAAAGGCUUCCACCAACAUAAUUGACUUUUGCACGAAAUAGGUCUUGAAUAAAUGUAAAUUGACUUAGAAUAACGAGUAAAAACGAGACUGCGAUAAUCAAGCUCAAGGUUUACAACGGUCCGGGGCUGAGACGAAAUUUCUCCUUGUAAAAUUUCUUUUUCACAUCGUGAUCACUAUAUUCUUUUUCCUUGAAUUAAUCAAAUAAUAACCUUUGCGUGCUCUGUUUAGUAGCUGGAACCUUUUUUUUAAGACUAUUUAAUCAUUUGCAUGAAAUAUGUUAUAAACUCUUUAUUAUUAAACACACAAAGAGUUUGGCCAUUAGUGUCAGGUGAGUAGCCUGCGUAGCAAGCGUUUCCGUUUUGUUUCGGAGCAAAGAGAGACUAAGAAACGAGAUUUUCGCGCGGUCUUUGACUGUCGUUCCUCGUUCUUAAUUUUCUCCGCAACAAAACGGAAACGCUUGCUACGCAGGCUAUCAGGUGAGCAUAAUCUGCGACGUCGACUACACCUUUGGCUGAAAAGUGAAAGAACUAAGAAUGGAAUGCAUGAUUCGCAUACAGGUAACGUACAAAGCAGACAAAGUAUUUUCAUUUUUCAUGAUAUCGAAAGCCAUUUCUUCUUCAGUUUUUCAAGCGAAACAGACUACUAGGCAGAUAACAUGCUGCAGGCUCAUAUAUGUCUUGUUUAAUUGAUAUGUAAUUUUAUUUUCUCGCUUCUGAUUGGUUAACGACAACAGCAGAAACUUACUCUAGCAAACAGCUUAGUAGCUCGCUGUAUAUGAUAAGAGACGGUCUUUUGUGUUGCUGAAGUACCUAUAAAUAUCGCAUGAUUUUCAUGAACGACGAAUAUACUGUCAUUUCAUUGAUCAAGAUUUGUCAGAGGUAGGAGGUGAGAGGUAGUCAAAGCUUGUUUCAGUAACUAUAAAACUCACUUGCAUCGAGAUGUUAAGAAAAGCCGAAUACAAAACCUUGUUCGCUGGACGUAACUUGGAAUAACCGUCGCAAUUCGUAGUGUGGUAAUUAAUUUGCACUUUUGUCGUAAUUUCUGCUGCAAUUUAAAAUGAAUUGAAGAUGCAUUUUCUAAUCAGCUAAGGUCGGGGUUCCAUUUGUUAGAAGUAACCGACUAGACUGGUUUUAUUAGUUGUAAGAAGAAUUCCACUCAAAUUAGGACUAUCCAGCCAGACCAAAAGAGAAGAGAUUAAUUCAUUAAUGUUAAGUUCGGCAGUGGUGGAAUUAAGAAAAAAUCUCGAAAAAAAACCUGUUACAGAACUUUAUUUGCAAAGGGACUGAUCUGGUCUAUGAGUAACUGUUCUGACCUUUAAAAGAAAGGCCCUGAGUUUAAAAACAGAACCAACUCUUGCUUACGUGACUGACAGGUCACGUCGGGCGCUUUCCAUUCACUCCCUUUGAAAGUUCCGUAAAUUUCGGUUAGAAAUCAAAAGGAACGGACCAUUUCGGUUCCAUCCGACCCAAAAAUUUGGCUCUAGUUUGAAGGUGGUCCACUUUGACCGGUCCGCUCAUUUCGGUCGGUCGGACCGAAAUGUGCCAUUUUAAUUGACAGUAUUGUUGUCCCCAGUACCACUCUUUUGUACGAUCAAUUACCAAACGCGUGGUGGCUUGGCUUGGGUCGGUAUAACCGGAAUGUAGAGUUCCAUUAGACACGUGGAGCUUCCAACAUUUCAAACCGGAAUUUAAGUUGAAUAGAAAGCGCCCAUCCUUUUCAUUACAACGGUUAAGUUUGCUCCUUUGACACGCGACAAUCCUCAUUUUACUACCAACUGUGUUGCGACAGCUCGGUUAAUUACCUACUGGGAAAAACAUCGAAUAAGAAAUUACUAAAUUUAUGACAAAGUAGGAGAAUAAAAAGAAAUUUAAACUAGUAACGUACAUCUUGAAUAACUGAGAACCCCCUGAUGUUUUUGCGAAGAGGAUAUUUUUCUUUCCAUUUGUAGUGAAUAAGAACUUCCCUUAACUGUUUUUGCGGAUGGAGACCUGGUUUUGGAUUCUUGGAUGGGUUCUUUCGUUUCUUGCCAUCGCUGGAAAUGGAAUAACAAUCUACCUCGUCUGCAGCAGAGGAAGUCUCCGCACCAAAACCAACGCGUUUAUUGUUUCACUUGCAGUAGCAGAUUUGUGUGUUGGUUUGGGCGUUAUUCCUUCUCUGUUAGCUUGCGACGUUACAAACACCUGCUACUGGCCUAAGGUUUUUCCUUCAUGGAUCGAUGUCAUAAGGUGGCUGUUUAGCUACUUGUCUGUUUUAAACCUGUGUUCUCUGGUGCUCGACCGUUACAUCGCCAUCAUAAAGCCUUUUAAAUACAUAACUUUUAUGACUCGAUCUCGUGUUAUUCAGGUGAUAACUUCUUGUUGGAUAGCGUCAUUUACGCUGGUUGCGCUCAAGACCGCACUUCGACUUUGCUGUGAGACCCCUCUAACCAGUAUCGUUGCAGUUGCGGUUUUAAUGAUUUCCAUGGAAAUCAUUCCUUGUAUUCUGCAGAUACUCUGUUUUGUGUCAAUGUUACUUCAUGUAUGGAAACAUGAUCGUUCAGCACGCACCCUAGCAAAACAGUUACGUUUUAACCACCGGAUAUCUUUUAAAACCCAUCACGAGAAGUCUGCAGUAAUAAUGAUGGGUAUUGUGAUAGGAGUGUUUGUUGUGUGCUACGGAAUAUAUUUACGUUGUAGUCUAGUAGUACUAUCAGACACAAAUGCAUCAUGUAAAGAUGAACAAUACAAAAUACCUGUCUUGGUUUUAAACUCGGCCAUUAACCCACUGUCUUAUGCUUUUUUCAAAAGAGACAUAAAGAAAGAGUUUAAACGACUUACCGGUAAGGUGGUUUUUAAGAAAAGUAACCAAGUAGAGCCUUCCACUUAUACGUUAGAUCAUUUUUGA